AUGACGGCCUUCUCUGUCGAUACUUCUGCAAGUAUAAAGAAAUUGAAACCUGCAGGCACUUUGAAUUACGAAAGCGGCACUACCAACUAUGCGUUCACAAUCGAGGUAACCGACAGCGUCCAUACCGCCACCAUAUCAGUCGGUAUAACCAUAACGGACGUCAACGAAGCGCCACCUGUGUUCAAUCCCACCUCCUACACCAAAAGCAUCGCUGAAGACGCCACCCUAGGCGCAAGCGUAACCAUAGUAACAGCCACGGACGCUGACACUGCUGACAAGGUUGUCUUCUCGAUAAUAAGCGGAAACAAUGACAACAAGUUUGCCAUCGAUUCCAACACAGGUCUUUUAAUUGUUGCUGGGGGAUUGGACGCCGAUAUAACGACGACAUACAAUCUUGUAGUUAAAGCGACUGACGCGGCUGCAGUAAGGUCGGCAACAGCAUCUGUAACGAUUACCGUUACAAACGUCAAUGAUAACACGCCCAAGUAUGCACAGAACAUCUACUACGUGACUAUCAAUGAAGACAAAACAGCGGGCGCUUUGCUAACGCUUACCGCGACUGAUGUCGACCCUAGUACGUCGUUCACAUACACCCUCGAGGCGUCAAGUACACCGGCUACGUAUACGACAUAUUUUGGGUUCGAUUCAACAACGAGGAACCAACUAAAUCUGCUCGCUUCAAUUGACUUAGAUACUAGCGGCGUGCAGUCGUUCUAUACACUUGUCGUCAUGGUGACGGACGAUGGCAGCCCAGCUCGUUCCAGCACAUCGUCCGUUCUGGUGUCCGUGAACUCAGUGAAUGAACACACGCCAACACUGGGCGGUGAUACCUUUACGAUCGCUGAAUCGGCCAAUCACGGAGCCCAAGUGGGAAUUCUGACCGCUCUAGACUCUGACCUAGGCGUGGAUGGUGAAAAAACGUAUACCAUUUUAUCUGGUAACGGUAACGGGAAAUUUGCGCUCGACCCAAUAUCCGGAGCAAUUUCUGUUCUUGGUUCCCUUGACUACGAAACUCUGACAUCGUACUCGCUUAAUGUGAAGGUCGCUGAUGGCGGGACGCCAACAAAGACAGUCACUGCAGCUGUAACUAUAAACGUCAGCGCAGUGUCUGAUGAGAAGCCAAAGUGCACGACAAAUUCGUUUUUCGAAUCUAUCACAGAGCCCGGGGUUCUGACCUCACAGACAUAUGUACAGCUUGCAUGUACCGAUGCCGAUGGGCAAACUUUGUCUUACUCACUGACGGGCAACACCGGACCAACCUUUGCCAUCAGCAGUAACGGCAGUAUUACACUUGCGGCUGCUGUUGAUUACGAUGGCACUGUCAAACUGUACAAUAUGAAAGUGACGGUAACGGACCCUUCGAGCAACUCUGUGACAAUUCCUGUUAUUAUUGAAGUAAAGCCAACCAACGAAUUGAAGCCAGUGUUUCCAGCCGAUAAAAUCGCAAAUUGUAACGAGGACAAGGCUGUGGGCAGUAACGUAGCAACACACGUAGCAACGGACGGUGAUUCUAAUACCACUCCCGAUGGCGUUAUUACGUAUUCUAUUCAAUCAGUGACAAACGGUGGACUAAAUCACUUCAGUAUCGAUCCGACCACUGCUGUGAUUAUUCUCGCAAAGCCUUUGGACUUCGAAACUGCUCAGACAUACGUCAUUACAGUCUUGGCAACUGACGGCGGCUCAACACCAAGUUCGGCCACCGGACUUGUAACAGUGACCGUCAAUAACAUUAAUGACGCCACGCCGCAGUGUACCUCUCCAAGUUUGGCAGUGACGGUGUCAGAGGACAAGAGUUAG